AGGGUGAACGUUAUCGAAGCUCAAGACAUUGUCCCGAACGACCGGAGCCGUUUGCCGGAAGUUUUUGUGAAAGUCCAAGUCGGGAAUCAAAUCCUAAGAACUGGGAUAUGUCCUGAUAGGACAGCUAAUCCGAUGUGGAACGAGGAUUUAGUCUUUGUUGCGGCGGAGCCGUUCGAAGAGCACCUUGUCCUAACCGUUGAGGAUCGAGUCCAUUCAUCAAAAGACGAUGUAUUGGGAAGAAUAAGCCUACCCCUCACCGUUUUUGACAAGCGGCUCGACCACCGGCAAGUGAAUUCCCGUUGGUUCGAUCUUGAAAAGUUCGGUUUUGGAGCGCUCGAAGGCGACAGGAGGAAGGACCUCAAGUUCUCGAGCAGGGUACAUCUUAGAGCGUGCCUUGAAGGUGGAUAUCACGUCCUAGACGAGUCGACGCUCUACAUAAGCGAUCAACGGCCCACGGCGAAGCAACUUUGGAAGCCUCCGGUCGGAAUUCUUGAAGUUGGAAUACUAAGCGCACAAGGGCUCCUACCGAUGAAGAUGAAGGACGGCCGAGGGAGCACAGACGCUUACUGCGUGGCGAAAUACGGACAAAAAUGGACUCGUACGAGGACGAUCAUCGACAGCUUUAGCCCUAAGUGGAACGAGCAAUACACGUGGGAAGUCUACGAUCCGUGCACCGUCCUAACGCUCGGAGUCUUCGACAAUUGCCACCUAGGAAGUGGAAACAAGCCCGACGCCAGUCAACAACGAGACUCGAGAAUCGGGAAGGUUCGCAUUAGGUUAUCGGCCCUCGAUGCCCACCGUGUCUACACACACUCGUAUCCGCUUCUCGUCUUGCACCCUUCGGGUGUGAAGAAAACGGGAGAAAUCCAACUAGCCGUUCGAUUCACGACGCUCUCGCUCGCUCACACGAUACACAUCUACGGACACCCUCUACUCCCGAAGAUGCACUACAUACACCCUUUCACCGUGAACCAGGUCGAAAACCUCAGAUACCAAGCCAUGACCAUCGUGGCGGCUCGGCUCGGCCGAGCCGAGCCGCCCCUCAGAAAGGAGGUCGUUGAGUACAUGCUUGACGUCGAUUCGCACGUUUGGAGCAUGAGACGGAGCAAGGCGAAUUUCUUUCGGAUAAUGUCGCUCUUAUCGGGUAUAAUCUCGACGAACCGGUGGUUUAACGACGUAUGCCAUUGGAAAAACCCUACGACCUCGGUUUUAGUCCACGUAUUGUUCUUGAUACUCAUUUGCUACCCCGAGUUGAUACUCCCGACGAUCUUUCUAUACGGCUUCCUUAUAGGGCUGUGGAACUAUAGGCUCCGGCCGCGGGGCCCGCCGCACAUGGACGCGAAGCUGUCGUGGGCCGAGGCGGUGAACCCCGACGAGCUGGACGAGGAGUUCGACACGUUCCCGACGUCGAGGGAGAACGAUGUCGUGAGGAUGAGGUACGACCGGCUUAGGAGUGUGGCCGGGAGGAUCCAGACGGUGGCCGGCGACGUGGCGACUCAGGGGGAGAGGCUGCAGUCUUUGCUGACGUGGAGGGAUCCUAGGGCCACGUGUCUAUUUGUUGUGUUCUGCCUCUGUGCUGCGGUGGUGAUGUAUGUGUCUCCGGCGAGGGUGGUGGUGCUUGUUGGAGGGUUGUACUAUUUGAGGCAUCCGAGGUUUAGGAGCAAGUUGCCUUCUGUGCCAAGUAACUUCUUCCGGAGAUUGACUGCAAGAACUGAUAGCAUGCUGUGAUGGUGAUUGGUG